CCUCCCUCCACUUGCUGCUGCAUGUUGCUGGCGUAGCGUCCGCAUACUGGCAUCUCUGGGCCUACUGGUUUCUUCCGAAAUGGCCGAAUGCCUUUGAAGAACGGCGAAGGACGUAUUGAUAAAUUUAUCACGUUCUUCUGGCAUCGUGAGCAUGGCAGAAUAUUUGGAUUCUGAGGCCGACGUGAGUGAGGGCGAAGAAGAGGAGUUCAGUCAAAAUGAGAAACAAAAGAAGAAGCCGAAGACGGUGGAAGAGAGCGACGACGAGGAAGAAGAUGAUGAGGAGCAGUUGCGGGAGGAAUUGAAAGAUCUGAUAGACGACAAUCCCAUAGAGGAAAGUGAGGGCGAAGACAGCGAUGGUUCUGACCAUCAUAAAAAGCGUAAAAAAAGUGACGAUGAAGAUUUUGAUGAUCGUUUGGAAGACGAGGAUUAUGAUUUGAUUGAGGAGAAUUUAGGUGUCAAGCUUGAAAGAAAACGUUUUAAACGUCUUCGAAGAAUUCAAGAUGAGGAAUCGGAGGAGGAGCAGGAAAAAGAAGCUGACGAAGAAAGAGAUGCUAUUGCUAAUGAGUUGUUUGAAGGAUCUGGAGAUGAGGACGAGAGGCGAAGCGAAAGAAGUCACAGGCCCGAAGCAGAAACUUUUGAAGAAGGUAGCGAUGAAGGUGAAUACACCGAUGCCGAUGAUUUUAUUGUUGAUGAUGAUGGCAGACCUAUUGCGGAGAAGAGGAAGAAGAAGAAAUUGAUAUUUUCCGACGCAGCGUUGCAAGAAGCGCAGGAUAUUUUUGGAGUUGAUUUUGAUUACGACGAAUUCGGCAAAUAUGGCGAGGAAGACUACGAAGAGGAGGAGGAGGAAGAGGAAGAAGAUGAGUACUUGGACGAGGAUGCCGAUGCCGAACGUCCACGACGGCCUAAGAAGCAGCUGAAGAAAAAGACCACGAGGAAGAGUAUCUUUGAAAUUUACGAGCCUAGCGAAUUGAAGCGUGGUCACUUCACUGAUUUAGACAACGAAAUACGUACUACGGAUAUACCGGAAAGAAUGCAAUUAAGAUCCGUGCCGGUUACGCCGGUUGCGGAAGGUUCCGACGAACUGGAUCACGAGGCAGAAUGGAUAUAUCAACAAGCAUUCUGCAAACCUACGAUAUCCGUUCAGGACGCUCAUUUGAACGCUGAGGCUAAGGAACGGGCGCGUAAGGGACCGCAGACCAUCGGCAAGAUCAAGAAAGCUCUGGACUUUAUGCGCAAUCAGCAUUUCGAAGUUCCCUUUAUAUCUUUCUACAGAAAGGAAUACGUGCUACCCGAAUUGAAUAUCAACGAUCUGUGGAAGGUGUAUAAGUUCGACGCUAAGUGGUGUCAGCUGCGCCAGCGGAAGGAGAAUUUGCUCAAGCUGUUCGAAAAGAUGCGCAACUAUCAGCUAGAUGAGAUUAUGAAGAACCCGGAUGCACCGUUGCCAGAAAACUUGAGAGUGAUAAAGGACGAUGACAUAGAGCGACUGAAGAACGUACAAACGAGCGAGGAACUCAACGACGUUUAUCAUCACUUUAUGUUGUAUUACAACAACGACAUUCCGGCUAUGCAGGAGGCCGUGCGCAAGAAGGAGAAAGAGGCGCGGCGCGAAGAGAGACUUCAGCGUCGCAAACAACAGAUCGCUGAAGCGGAAGAGAACGGCGAGGAUCCACCGGAAGAGGACGAAGAACUUGAAGAGGAAGAAGUUGACGAAUUGAAACAGGCAUCGAGAGGCGGUCCGUAUUCGAUCUGUCGCAAGGCCGGCCUGGACGGGCUAGCGAAGAAGUUUGGCCUAACGCCCGAGCACUAUGCUGAAAAUCUGCGUGACAAUUAUCAGCGUCACGAAGUGGAUCAGGAAGCGACCGAACCUACGGCGAUCGCGAACGAGUACAUCAGUGCGCGUUUCAAAACCACGGAAGAAGUGCUGAAAGCAACUCAGCUAAUGGUGGCAAUUCAGUUGGCGCGCGAGCCGCUUGUGCGCAAAUGCACGCGCGAGAUGUACAUGGAACGCGCCAAGAUCUCAAUAAAACCGACAAAGAAAGGUAUCAAAGAGAUUGAUGAGAAUCAUCCGAUCUACACGAUGAAAUAUUUGAAAGACAAGCCGGUGCGCGAUCUCGUGGGGGUGCAGUUUUUGAAUCUAAUGAUCGCCGAGGAAGACAAGCUUAUCGUAAUUACCUUUAGCGACAGUAUUGAGGGCAAUACCAGCAGCAACUAUGUCGACGAGAUGAAGCAACUCUACUGCCGAGAUGAGUUCAGUAAGCUCGUUCAGGACUGGAACGCGUUACGCGUGGGCAGUGUCGAGAUAGCUCUCAAUCGUAUGGUGAUACCUCACUUGAAAAAGGAAUUGCGUACGAAUUUGAUCGCGGAGGCGAAGGAGUGCGUAAUGCGAGCGUGCUGUCGCAAGAUGUACAAUUGGAUCAAAGUCGCGCCGUACACUUGCGAAUUUCCUGAGGAAGAGGAUGAAGAAUGGGACACUAGUAAGGGUUUGCGCGUCAUGGGUUUGGCUUACGUGCCUGAUUACUCUCAGGCAGCUUUUACCUGUUUAGUUGCGGCAGACGGUGAAUGCACGGAUUACUUGCGUUUGCCGCAUUUGAUGAAGCGCAAAAACAGUUAUCGCGAAGACGAGAAGAUAUUGAAGGAGGCUGAUCUUCUGGCGUUGAAGAAUUUUAUAGCCACCAAAAAGCCUCACGUGAUUGUGGUAGCUGGCGAAUCACGAGAGGCAAUGAUGAUCGCAGCUGAUAUCAAGGAGUGCAUUACCCAUUUGGCAGAAGAGGAACAGUUCCCGAACAUUCAGGUGGAAAUCUGCGACAACGAUUUGGCAAAGAUCUACUCGAACAGUAACAAAGGCAUUUCGGAAUUUCGUGACUAUCCAGAGCUGUUGCGCCAGGCUAUCUCUUUGGCAAGGAGAAUGCAAGAUCCGCUCGUGGAAUUCUCGCAGUUGUGUACGGCAGACGAGGAGAUUCUAUGUUUGAAAUAUCAUACUUUGCAAGAUCAGCUGCCCAAAGAAGAAUUGCUGGAAAAUCUGUAUUUGGAAUUCGUUAACCGCGUGAACGAAGUCGGCGUGGACGUAAACAAGGCAGUUCAACAGGCAUAUUGCGGUAAUCUCGUUCAAUUUGUAUGCGGUCUGGGUCCACGAAAAGGUCAGGCGUUGAUCAAAGUAUUGAAGCAAUCGAAUCAACGAUUAGAGAACAGAACGCAAUUGGUUACCACAUGUCAUAUGGGACCGAAGGUAUUUAUCAAUAGUGCUGGUUUUAUCAAGAUCGACACCAACAGCUUGGGUGACAGCACUGAGGCGUAUGUGGAAGUGCUCGACGGUUCACGCGUACAUCCCGAGACUUACGAAUGGGCUAGAAAGAUGGCGGUCGAUGCGUUAGAGUACGACGACGAGGAUGCUAAUCCUGCCGGUGCUCUUGAAGAAAUUCUUGAAUCGCCAGAACGUCUGAAAGACUUGGAUCUUGAUGCUUUCGCGGAAGAACUUGAGCGUCAAGGAUUUGGCAACAAAUGCGUUACUCUGUACGACAUCAGAGCCGAGUUGAAUAGCCGGUACAAAGAUCUACGCGUACCGUAUCAGUCACCGAGCGCGGAAAAACUGUUCGACGUCUUGACAAAAGAGACACCCGAGACUUUUUAUGUUGGCAAGUUGGUGCUUGCCACUGUGGUUGGUAUCAGUCACAGAAAACCACAAGGUGAACAACUAGAUCAAGCAAAUCCGGUACGUAACGAAGAGACCGGCCUGUGGCAAUGUCCGUUUUGCUUGAAGAACGAUUUUCCCGAAUUGUCGGAAGUAUGGAAUCAUUUCGACGCCGGUUCGUGUCCGGGCAAGGCAACCGGCGUGAGGCUGCGACUAGACAACGGUAUAUCGGGUUAUAUUCACAUAAAAAAUCUUUCCGAUCGACACGUCGCGAAUCCUUGCGAAAGAGUCGGUAUGGGCCAGAUCAUCCAUUGUCGCAUUAUUAAGAUCGAGGUAGAUCGUUUUAGUGUGGAGUGCACCAGCAAGAGCAGCGACCUUGCUGAUAAAAAUCACGAAUGGAGACCACAACGAGAUCCGUUUUACGACACCGAGGCUGAGCAGAGAGACAUAAAAAUAGAAGAAGACGCGAAGAAAGCAAAACAGCGGCAGAUUUACGUGAAGCGUGUGAUUGUCCAUCCAUCGUUCCAUAACAUCAGUUUCGCCGAAACUGUGAAACUCAUGCAGACUAUGAAGCAGGGCGAAGCGAUAGUGAGACCGAGCAGUAAAGGUGCCGAUCACUUGACAGUCACCUGGAAAGUGACCGAUGACAUUUUACAGCACAUUGAUGUUCGUGAGGAGGGCAAAGAAAACGCUUUCUCAUUGGGACAGAGUUUGUGGAUUGGUAACGAAGAGUUCGAAGAUUUGGACGAAAUUAUCGCUCGACACGUCAAUCCCAUGGCUGCUUAUGCUUCCGAAUUACUGGACUUCAAGUACUAUAAACCUCAAGUAGAGGGAAUUAGAGAUAAAGCAGAAGAGAUAUUGAAAGAGCAGAAGAAGGAGAAUCCGAGUGGAAUUCCUUAUAUAAUAUCAGCAGCUAAGACUUAUCCAGGAAAAUUCUUGUUGUCGUAUCUACCUCGUACUCGCUGUCGCCACGAGUACAUUACCGUGACAUCUGAAGGUUUUAAAUUCCGAGGACAAAUAUUCGGCAGAGUAAGUGAUAUGCUACGAUGGUUCAAAGAACAUUUCAGAGAUCCAGUUCCUGGACAAUCUACUCCUAGCACGCCUCGUGGCGCAAUGACUUCUAGAACGCCUUACGCCACACCAGGAGCAAUCAGUGGAAUGAAUCAAGAAGCGAUACAGCGAGUUGCGCAGAAUCUUCCACACCAUAUGCUUCACUCGUUGUCUCAAGUGGCGAAUCAGACACCACAUCACUAUCCACCACAUACACCGGGAACAGCUGGAGCUGGCGGUUACGGUGGAGUACACACGUAUCCAAACACGCCGUACACACCAUCUGGCCAAACUCCAUUUAUGACUCCGUAUCAGACGCCGCAUCAUACGCCACAUCACGGUCAGCCUACUCCCAGAUACGGUCAACAAACUCCUAGUCAUCAGGGAGGUUUCAUGCAUCCGCCGCCGCCUUCGAUGACUCCUGGCCAUCACAGAUCCGCUCACAGACCCACGCCACCUAUGUCAACUCCUUCCGGCGAUCCGACGGAUUGGAAGAAAGCAGCCGAAGCGUGGGCAGCACGAUUAAAGGGUGGUCCUCGAGUUUCUGGUUCGACACCCAAGUAUGAAGAAUCCAGAAGAACCCCACGUAGCUAUGAUGAAUCGGUCGGUAGAGUGACACCUUCUGGAAGGAGUAGGCCGUCCUCCACAAGGAAUCCGCCAUAUAAGUCACCACGGGGUACUCCACAUACGAAUUCUAGUCCGCGGAGUAUGUCUCUAAGCGGAGAUGGUACUCCUCUCUACGACGAGAGCUAACGGAAUUGCCGUCGUACGUUUGUGUAUAGUAUAAAUAAAUAUAUAUAUAUACAUAUAUAUAUAUACAGGGUGGGGCACUAACUCUGUCCACCUAGAAUAUCUCCGCUAUUUUUAGAGAUAUGAAAAUAUUGCAAUUACAAAAGUUGUAUGGUAUCAAGAGAGCUAUAAGAUGCUACUAAUAAUUUUUUCGUGAGUGGAGGCGCUUCGGAGAUUUCAAGGUCACCUCUAUUUUUUUAAACGGCAUGCUAUACUUUUUUAUCCCUAGUGCAAUAGCAAAUAUUCAAACAACUUCAACGACCUAUAACGCAAGAUCAUUCGGUCAUUAAAUAAAAGAGUAAAAUGAUUCUUACGUCAUGAGAGGUGCUCGAAAUGAUGUCCGUUUACAUCGAUGCAACGCUGCGAACGUUGCUCUUCCGCAAUAUUCUGUCAUUUUCCAGAUUUCUUUGGUUCAAUUUUUCUAUUUCAUUUUUCCAAUUUGUUAUUUGUAGUUUUUAUUUCAUUUUUCAUUUUUCUAAAACCUGCCUGGGUUUCCGGCAACAUCUUCCUAUCCUCCACAGCUCUAUCCAAUCUGUUCCUUAUCAAUUCCGCGUAAAUCUCGUAUGCAGUGCAUAGCAGCGAAAUGCCUCUAUAAUUUUUAGCCAUAUUAUGGUCACCUCUUUUGUAUAUAGGAACCACAAUACUUGUCCUCCACUCCUCCGGGAUUCUUCUUUUCUUCCACACUUUUCCUACCAUUUCCAAUAUACCUUUCUUGACUGCCUCUCCUCCCAAUCUCCACGCCUCCAUAGGUAUUCCCCGUCCACCCCUGCAGCUUUUUUCCAUUUCAUUCUUCUUACCACCUCUAUUAUCUCUUCUUCCUUUACAUCCUCUAUCAGGCUCUCCUCUCCUAUGUGUGGACCUCUUUGACCCUCACUCGUAUCCUUGUUUUCCUCUUCUACCUCACCCAACUCUUCUCCCCCUAACAGGUCCAUAAAAUAUCUUCUCCAUUCUUCACUAUCUAUAUUAGUUUCUCAAAAAGAGAACUAUUCAAAGUGCACAAACUUGAUUUAUUCAAUCAGAGAAAGCUGAUUAUCAUACCUUAUAAAUUAGUUCGUUUCAAUGUGUUCAGUUUCUUUGUUGAUGUUGUUCCACUCCGUUUAGAUCUUGUUUCACAAACAAAACUUUCUCAAAUAUUACUUUUCCAACAAGCAAAACUCGGACAUUUCUUGUCUCGCGAUCACUUGGAGUUUAUAAAAAAAAAAACCAAAAAUAUUCGAAAGACACGUCGAACAUUGUUCAUUUCAUUGCACACGAUUUUUAUUUGAUUAUUUUAUUGUAUUAAUACUUUGCCGAGUCAUUCGCCCGGCGUGAAGUCCUUAAAAAAACCGAGACGACAUCGAUUGAUCAAUACUUGUGAUGCUCGUCAGAAAAAUUAACAGAAAAAUAACAUUUACAAUAUUUAACUUUUUGUCAUAUUUAAUUUAAAACAUUUUAAUGUUGUUAGUGUGAAAGGCGCUAAUUAUUAAUUUCAGCUUAUGCAAUUCCUAAUCUAUCUAAUUUUUUGUGUCGAUAACAACUAGUGUUAUCGGGCGAUUUGAAUGCGCAAGAGCGUUGCGCCACUUUCUUAGUUUUGUCGUAAUUUUGUCAACAUUUUCUAGUGUUAUUUUAUGUUCUGUUAAUGUGGUUUUGCACUUCUCUCAGUUUCUAACGUCAGUUUCUAUUUCAUUUUUCAGAAAUUUUCUUUGGUUCAAUUUUUCUAUUUCAUUUUUCCAAUUUGUUAUUUGAAGUCACUUGUCGUUGAUGUUCAACUUCUCUUAACCAGUGCGGAUUCUCAACCGACCAAUAAUGCAUAUUAUGCAAGUAAUGCAUAUUAUGCAAUAUUAAGAAGUGCACGUGCUUCAGGAAUUCAACGUUUGCAGCGUUGCAUCGAUGUAAACGGACAUCAUUUCGAGCACCACUCAUGACGUAAGAAUCAUUUUACUCUUUUAUUUAAUGACCGAAUGAUCUUGUGUUAUAGGUCGUUGAAAUUGUUUGAAUAUUNGCUAUUGCACUAGGGAUAAAAAAAGUAUAGCAUGCCAUUUAAAAAAAUAGAGGUGACCUUGAAAUCUCCGAAGCGCCUCUACCCACGAAAAAAUUAUUAGUAGCAUCUUAUAGCUCUCUUGAUACCAUACAACUUUUGUAAUUGCAAUAUUUUCAUAUCUCUAAAAAUAGCGGAGAUAUUCUAGGUAGACAGAGUUAGUGCCCCACCCUGUAUAUAGGAAAAAAGAGCAAGAUGUGAAAUAAAUCGCGAAAUAGAAAUAAAAAGGACCAGUUUCUAUAUUUAUCUUGUCAAUAAUAUUAUCUGUCGGAAAUAAAUAAAAUUAGGUAGUAAAAUGGAAAAUGGGAUGUUGAUUUCUCAAAAUUAGAAAACAAGAUGAAAAAUAGGAAUAUAUAGUAAGACCACUGAUGUACGUAUGUCAAAGAAGAAAAAACAUGAGUUUAAUUAACAGAAAAAUUUAUUACAUAAAAUUGGAGAUACACAUUUUAUUUUGAUUGAAACUAAAAUGGUUUUAUAUUAACAAUGUGUCUAGUUGCCACUAAUUACUUAACAUCUUCGAGACAUGUUUUAAUUUAGUGGAAAAUAGUAGCGCGAUUGGAAACAUUUAUUAAUUUUUAACGUUAUGAAAGCAUUUUUUAUAAAUUAAUUUCACAAUUAAGUAGAAUGAAUGUGUAUAUAUUUCCAGUUUUAUAUAUAAUAAAUUCUAUAAAUUAAACUGGUCACGUUUUACGACAGAGUAAGUCAAAAAUAAUAGCAGCAGUAACUGCAUACAUAUAAAUUAUAUAGUAACUGAUCCAUUUUACUUCACGCGGUUUAUUUCAUUCCGUCUUUUCUUUAUACGUUUACAGGGUAUCUCAAAAUCACUGCGGAUUCUUUUAAUAAUAGAUCUUACAGCUGAUUUAAAAUCAAUUGGUUUCUUCGCAAAAUAGACAGCUUAUUAGUAAUUUUGAAAUUGCACAUCAUACAUAUAUCUAUUAUGUAUUUGGCUCACCGGUGCUUAAAUUCAUAAAGAGCAGUCUUUUUCUCAGUUAUGCAACUUUGAAAUUAUACCGAUUGUUCUAUUUCUUUUUAAAAAAGAAACAAUUGCCCAUUAAUCUAAAAAACUUCUCUAUCGUCGUGUCGUAUUAUGUGUUGGAUUUGGGAUCUCUUGUAAUAUAUAAUAUAGUGUAUAUAAUUUUAUAUACUAUAUAUAUAUCACACAAUAUAGUAUAUAAAACAAUAUAACAAUAUUUAUAUUAGUUACAUAGAUUAUCUGCAUGUGUAUAUCAUAUAUUGUGCUUCCUAUUUUUUUUUUUUUGUACGCGAAGUUUUAUUUAUGUUUAGAAGAAAGAAAUGACGUUAAUUGAGAGAUCGUCAUAUCAUGUAAAUUGUUGUGGCGCACUAUGCAAUCGUCUUUUCGCGGACACAAAAUCUGCUCCUCUUCGCGAUUAUCUUUUACAAUGUAUAUAAAAAAGUUAUAUAUAUAGAAAAUCUACACUCAAUGUUAUAUUUGAUUAUUUUUUUGAUUUUUUACUCAUCUUGACGACACCAAUAAAAAAUAUAUAAAAAUAAUAUGAAACUGCCACUUUGAUUACAGAAGAAUUAAUUUAUAUUUUUUUCUUUUUUUUGUAAUAAUAAAUUUGUUUUGAAUUCACAAAACUUUUAAGAAAUUAAAAAAUUAUUUAAAAAACCAAUGUUAUUACAAUCAAGUAAAGUUACAACAUCGUUUUGAGAUACAAUAGUGACAUGGUAGAGUAUCAAGGUAAUCAUAAAUAAAAAAAAUCAUACUCAAAGGGGCAGUUGACACAUUUUUCGUAGGUGUCGUCGACAUGUUUGCAGUACGUACACAUAUAGAAAAAAAACUGAGUGCUAUAAACUCAUCAUAAUAGCAGUAGGUACAAGUGCGUUUCACAAAUGUGAAUAUAAUGCAUGCCCCUAUGUACACUAGGAUAUAAUAAAGCUUUCCGAAGGGAAGACACGGUACUUUUCUUUUCCAUGUACGUUUUUUUCUCUUUUUGACGCGUUUUCUCUCCAAUUACUACCUAGCACACGAGCAGUUACUCGAUGCGGACACGAUGCUUUACGGUCUUUUUUCCGGAAAAUUUUAUUACACUCUAGCGUAUACUCUAACAGUCUUUAUACACACAAUUUUUCUUUUUUUUAACAAAAACACCUAUAUAUUAAAAUUUUUUUAUACGAUACGUGUUAUUUGAAAAAAAUCUCUACUCACUUCAAUUUAUGAACUCUAUUCAACAUUUUUAUUUAUAGAAAUAGAGAUUUUUUUGUACAAAAUAUAAAAAAUAACUAUAUACGUGAAUCUGUAUCGACUAUAUGUGACACUUAGUUAAAUACGCAUCCUCUGAUGAAUUUUUUCUUGUAUCCUGACUUAGGGUAGGCGGUAUUUCUUAUAUACAAUUUAUACAGUUGUUAAAAUAGUAAAAUAAACACAUUGGCAAUUUA